AACAGACCUGAGGUCAGAUUACAGGCGCAGGACGCAGCAUGGAGGACGCCUGCAGUACAAGGAUGCUGAGAGGCAGGAAGACGUCAUCCUGUCCGAACUCACUGUGACGUCACAGGAAGUGAUCAACAUCAGGAGGUGAUCAACAGGAAGUGGUCAACAGGAAGUGGUCAUCAUGGUGGUCGUGGCCUGCGGCUCUGUGAGCUCCAUCAAAGCUUUGUGGGAAACGAGGAUCAAGAGAGUCCAGGAGGAGAAGGAGGACCAGACGAAGAGCCCGAGGAGCAGACUCAGUGUUGGUGCCUGGGAGGACCGGGCGAUUCUGGCCCGGCUGAAGGAGAAACUGCAGACUGAAGAGGGACGGCUGGUCCUCCGGAUUGAACAGGAAGACUGGAAGUCGCUGCCGGGCUGCUUGAUCCAGUUCACCCAGGUCCAGGAGUGGCAGAUCCACCGGACCGGCCUUCAGAAGAUCCCUCAGUUCAUCUCCAGCUUCCAGAACCUCAUAGUUCUGGAUCUGUCCCGAAACGGGAUCUCAGAGAUCCCCAAACCCAUCGGGCAGCUGACCCGCCUCAAAGAGCUGCUGCUGAGCUACAACAGGAUCGAGUCUGUUCCUGAAGAACUGAGCGGCUGUGAGAGUCUGGAGAGGCUGGAGCUGGCCAUGAACCGGGACCUAAGCGAGCUGCCAGACCAGCUGAGGAACCUGAAGAAGCUGAGCCACCUGGACCUCUCCAUGAACGCCUUCAGCUUCCUGCCGGACUGCCUGCUCCACAUGCCGGCUCUCGAGUGGCUCGACAUGGGAGGAAACUGCCUGGAGUGUUUACCUGAGGACAUAGACAGGAUGGAGACGCUGCACACCCUGUGGCUGCAGAGGAACGAGCUGCAGAGACUCCCAGAGAACAUCAUCCGGAUGCAGAACCUGACCACGCUGGUCCUCAGCAGCAACCGACUGUCAGACAUCCCCCCGCUGAUGGAGGACAUGUCCAGACUCCGCUUCGUCAACUUCAGAGACAACCCUCUGAGUCUGGAGGUGACGCUGCCAGACAAGAAGAGGAAGAGCAGCGAGGAGGAGGGGGAGGAGGAGGAGGAAGAGGACAGGGAGUUGUUUGGGAGAGAGUUCAUGCAGCUUUACAUCCAGGAAGCCAGGAAGAGAGCGCACGCCUUCCUCAACAUGCACCGAGCCAACAGCUUGCAUCAUUCACUUUAAUAUCUGGUCAAACACAGACUCUGAUCUGAGCCAACACUCCACAUUACUGAGAUCCUUAACCUGUUGUUUUUAAAGAGUUCCUCUUGCUGAUGAUCAGGUGUAUAUCAGUAUGUA